AUGGGAUGGGAUUUUUGGGUGGAUUUUGUGAUUUCCUUUGUGUGUUUCAUUCAGAGUUUUGUUUUGACAACUUCUGUGAAUGAUGGUUUCGCUGUUUUGUUGUUGGGUAUGUGUAAUAGUGAUUGACCGUGCGGUAUUUUUGAUCGCUAGCUAGUGUUUUGGUGAGUUGGUUAUGCAUGAAUAAAAGCUAAAAAGUUCUUAGCAUUUGGUCAUGAACUUCAUCCAAUUCUUCUCUAAAAUAUUUAUCAAUUUUCUAUACAAAGUUUCUUUGGUAAUUAGACAAAAUUAGACAAGAGUUGGUGUAACAGUUGCUAGGGCCACAAAGACCUGUCUUUUAAGUAUAAGUUUGGACCCACAGAAACCUGCCUUUUGUUGAGAGAAUAAUGGAAGCACUGUGUUGGUGACGUGGUACACCUUAUUGUUCUACAAAAUAAAAUUUUCAGGUCAAUACAUGCCAUCUUUGUGAAACCCAUAGGUCUUGAAAAGAAAAAAAUUGUUAAAAAUAGCCUGAGCAUGACCUCAUUCCAAGUUCUAGUGGUAUACCACUCAGCCAUAUAAAUAUACCAUCUAGGGUUAGGGUUAGGUACCCAAAAAAAGGCUAACAUUUUCUCCUACUUAUCAUCUAGUUUGGAUGAAUAAAGUGGAAACCCAAAAAAAAAAAAAUUCAGGCACCCAUUUCCACUAUUUAUAAAGAUCAAAUAAUUGGGUUUCCUAAAUUGAUCAGCUAGGGUUUUGGAGGAUGAAGAAACGGCAAGUAGUAAUGAAGAAAGAUUGCAUAGGAGGGAAAAACUCUACCACAUCAUCUUCAAUGGUAAGAACUGUGAGGUAUGUUGAGUGCCAAAAGAAUCAUGCGGCAAAUAUUGGUGGCUAUGCUGUGGAUGGGUGCAGAGAGUUCAUGGCAAGUGGAGAUGAAGGGACAAAUGGUGCGCUUCUGUGUGCUGCUUGUGGUUGCCACCGGAAUUUCCAUAGAAGAGAAGUGGAAACUGAGGUAGUUUGUGAGUAUUCACCACCUACUUUCAAUGAUUAGAUAACUAUAUAUAGAGAUAUAAUAGCCCUUUUGUAUGUGUGAAUAGCUAGAAGGUGUUUUGUGUGAUUUUAUCAUUUUAAUUAUUAUAAUA